AUGCUAAACUAUGUUUCUCCGUCUGGGAUUCGUGAGACGACAAAGAUCAUGCGCUCAAUGUGGAUAGAAGGAAGGAUACCUGACUCGUGGAGACACGCCAUCCACAAGAAGUUAUCCGUCGUGGACCAUAGGAACUAUCGAGGAAUCUCUUUGUUGCGUGCUAUGUACAAGGUUUUAGAGCGGAUUGUCCUCGACCGACUUAUUAAGCAUCGCAAAGAAACAACACUUCAAAUUUCUGAGGAACAAAUCUGGCGGCGGUUUUCAAAGCCAAUGCAACUAGGCUUUCUGGACUUUGAAGCCGCUUUCGACUAUCCUCAUCAAGGCCGUCUUUUCAACGCGUUCAGCGUCGAUAGAGUACCAGGAAAGUUCGUUCACUUGUUUGAUGACAUGAAUCAACGAACAACAGCUACAGUUCGAACAUUAGCCGGAAGUACAACACCGUUUGAUUUGGUGACUGAAGUAAGGCAAGAGACAGCGGCAGGACCCUUCCUGUUCAAUUUCGCUCGGGGACAUCACGCGAAAAACAGUCGAUCAGUGUCCUGCCGAGAUUGUCUUAGCGUCAAUAGGCUGCCCUUAACCGAUCUCGAGCUCACCGACGGUGUUGUGGUAUUCGGGAAGCAGCACGGAACUCAUCAAGUUGUUAGCCUUGCAUCGAAUCUACUGCAGCCUAUGGACUACGCCCUGAUAAAUGCAAGCAGAUGUGGACCUCUUCAAGACCUCGAACGGGAACCAGGAUGA